AUGUUUGUGAUUGUUAAAUACACAUCAUUCGAUGUUCGCUCUAACUGUCUCUGUUUUAUUACUACAGGACACUCUCUCAGCUGUUAUGAGUGCAAGAGUCAGACAGGUUCUUGUGCAGGUCAAACGGUAAAAACAUGUCCUGGUGGAUCUUCUCAGUGCUUGAGUUCAACAGCUGUGCCACAAAACGGUACUAAAGAGAAGAUUAAACAUUGUGCUCCUGUCUGUCAAAAUGGGUCCCUGAAUACCGGCAGUUCAAAGUUGACUAUUUCCUGCUGUAAUACAGACCAGUGUAACACCAAUGAUGCUCCAGAUUACGCUAAUGUCCCCAAUGGAAAGACAUGUUACUCCUGUGAUGGACAGAGCUGCUCAAACAUAUUGAACUGUUCAGGGACUGAAGACCGCUGCAUUACAGCAACAGCAACUGUGGGAGGACAGUCAGCUGUUUUAAAAGGCUGUGCGUCUAAAUCCAUGUGCGAUGCCGCAUCAUCGGUUCCUAAUUUUGCGAGCAUCUCAUGUUGUGAGGGGAACCUGUGUAACGGUGCUCAGAGUGUCUCCCAGAGCUUCCUGUUCCUCUGCUGUUCUCUGCUCUCCUACUUCCUGCUGCACUGAAUCCAGCAGCUCUUCAUCCUACAAUCAGAUACACUGUACUGAAUAUAGAGCUUUUAUUUUCACUGUACUAUCUUUGGUGUUCUGAUGUGAUUUUUUGCAGCAAAAGUAACAUUUUAUGAAAUAAAAUACAUCACCUUGUUCCUGGGGUCAUAUUUAGUAAAGCUUUUCAUGCAGUAAAGAAGUUCAAAUGUUCAAAUGAUAUCUUAUUUCUUCAAAAAAAUGAAUAAAUAAAAUUUGUUAAGAAGAUUUAUGUAAGAAUUACGUAAAGAAGGAGAAAUCUGGUUUCCUCCCAUAGUUUCUCUUUUUGUUCCCUUACUUAUUUUGCACUGUUCUUUCCUUUUAUCAUUAUCAUUAUGCAUAUGACAGUACAAAAUAACCCCCCAAAAAACAGACUUAUUGCACACAUCUUAUUGCAGGUGUAUUGGCUCCUGUGCAGAGAGAAACUGAAUGACUCAAAAGGACAAAUAAAAGUUCUACUUCUGAUUAAGAUCAAGCAACUAAAAUAUUUUUUACUUAUAAAUAGUAUGGAAAGUAGUCAAAACUGGUCAUCACCACCAUAUCAUGUACCAUAUCAUCACCAUAUCAAAUAUGUACAAAAAAAGUGCAUGAGUCUGAUGGAUUUUUGUGUAGAAGAACAGGUUCUGUGUCUCAUUAGAGAAGUCAACUGACAGUAUGAUGAAUUC